GAGGACAAAACUGGUGGUCCUAAACAACGUCUUCUUGGGUGGAUUAAACAAAAGAUUCCGGAUGCUUCGAUCAAAAAUUUCACUACAGACUGGAAUAGUGGUGUUGCGAUCGGUGCUUUGGUGGAUGCAUGUGCCCCAGGGCUUUGCCCUGAUUGGCCCGAUUGGGACACCCGACAAUCCCUGCGCAAUGCGACUGAAGCCAUGACGACGGCGGAGGAAUGGCUGUGUGUUCCUCAAUUAAUUCGACCGGAAGAAAUGGUGAACCCUAGUGUAGAUGAAAAAGCCAUGAUGACUUAUAUCAGCCAGUUCCCGAACGCGAAAUUGCGAGAAGGUGCACCGUUGCGUCCGAAGCGAAAUCCAAACAAGGUUCGAGCUUACGGACCAGGUGUUGAGCCAACUGGUAACACUCUAGGCAAUCCAUGCAAAUUUGUGGUGGAGACCGCGGAUGCUGGGCGUGGACAAUUAGAAGUUAUCGUUCUUAAUCCCAAGGGCGCUCGUGAACCGUGCAAUGUUGUCGCCAACAACGAUAUGACCGCUAGUUUUUCAUGCACUUACGAACCUCGAAUGGACGGCGAGCAUAGAGUAAUCAUUAAAUUUGCUGGUCAAGAAAUUCCUCAUUCACCUUUCCGUGUUAACAUUGAUGGCCCUGCAGCUGAUCCAAGCAAAGUGAUUGCAACUGGACCGGGUGUGGAUAGACAUGCGAAAAAUUGUGUGGGGCGCCCCACAUAUUUCAACGUCAAUGCUCAAACUGCUGCCUUAGCUGCUCUGACUGCUGCGGCUGAAGCAGCUCAAAAACCGAUCAAAAACACCGCAGCUGCAGAGGAAAUCGGUUUGACUGGUCGUGUAUCACAGAUCACUUCGAAUUUCACACAAACACAAGUUGAUGGAUUCACGAAUGGGUACGACGAUUCGCCACAGCCUGAGAACUUAAUGGAAAGGGAUAAUCAAAAACCGGGAGGGAAAGCGCAAUUAACCCAGCCGAAUAAACACAAUGGAAAACUGACUACUGACGAGGAAAACCGAACGGGAAAUCUGGAGACAAAUGACCUGACACCAAAUCCACAUUCGAUGCAACCAGCGUUUGGCGAUGGAAAUGCAAACUAUUCCAUCCACAGUGGAAUUCUCCACGAUCCAGAACUACUCAUGACAGCGACAAUGCCGGUAAUGGGAAAUUUCCGGGAUAACCUAAGUUCCACACAAAAUGAGGCAACCUGUCUACCGGACAUAUUGAACAAAGAGAAGCUUGCUGUUCGAGGAUUUGAUGAUGAGAUCAGCACUUCGUUUGUACUUCCAGAGCCGGUGCUUAUAAACUCGGGAAAUCUUGGUCUUCUGGACCACGUUCCAGAGUAUACAACCGACUCAGGAAGUGCAAAAGUUCGACGAGAGUCGGAGGAAUCGCUUCCUCCGGCCCCGCAAUCACUUGAUGACCUCAGUGGGGGAGAGAUCACUGCCAUUGAAGAUCUACCACCAGCAGCUGUAUCAACGGCAUCCGCCAAUGAAAUAGCUUUCAAUCCGGAGCUGGUGUACGCCACUGGACGGGGCGUGCAAGCCCGUGGGAUUCGCGCCCAGGAUGACGUUCAGUUUCUGGUACACACGGAACGGGCUGGUGAGCAAGCUCAAGUCAAAGCAACAAUGGUUCGAUCUGACGGCUCGUCCGAACCCGUGCGGGUGGAGCAGACAGACAAACAAUUGUGGACGUGCUCUUACGUGCCUCAACGACCAGGCAAGUACACUCUGAGGGUCCUUUACGGGAACGGUGAUAUUCAAAACAGCCCGUUCAAUAUUGUCGUGGGCCCACAUAAAAAGUGUGGUAUCACAGCUUUCGGUCCCGGUCUGGUUGCUGGCGUUGUCAAUCAUCCGAACGUUUUCACAGUGUGUUGCCGUGAAGAAAGCAGUAAAAUCGGUGAGGUCAUCGGGUUAUUUUAUUGUUUUUUUCCAGCUCAUCAAUCUAUAGAAUCUAGUGCAGAUGAAUACACUAGCUGA